AAUUCAAUGUAGGCAGACUGACUGGUUAAGGCCAAGGCCUUCCUUAUAAGCCUGAUGCAGGUCGCUUCUCAGUUCCCUGUUGUCGUUAAUCGUGAGAAGCUGACGUUUUCCUUGCUUCCUUGGCCAAUCUUCAUCUGUCAAAAUGGAAAAAAUAAAUGCCGGCCCAGUUGUUGAUAUCCUCGGCGAUGAGAUGACGCGUGUAAUUUGGGAUAUAAUAAAAGACAAGUUGAUUCUGCCAUUUUUGGAUAUUGAACUCCACACAUUUGAUCUUGGCAUGGAAAACCGAGAUGCCACCGAUGACCAGGUCACCAUUGAUUGCGCCGAAGCCAUUAAAAAAUAUAAUGUUGGAAUUAAGUGUGCGACCAUUACACCUGAUGAGAAGCGAGUUGAAGAAUUUAAUUUGAAGAAGAUGUGGAAAUCUCCUAACGGCACGUUGAGAAACAUCCUUGGUGGAACUGUUUUUAGGGAACCUAUUAUUUGCAAGAACAUUCCUCGUUUAGUUACAGGUUGGACCGCCCCCAUUAUCAUUGGCCGUCACGCCCAUGCUGAUCAAUACAGAGCGACCGAUUUUCUAAUUCCUGGAGCAGGCCAAUUGGAAAUUAAAUGGACAGCUGCUGAUGGCUCAACGAGCAUAGUGCACACUGUUAAUGACUUUGUAGGUGCCGGAGUUGCCAUCGGAAUGUAUAAUACUGAUGACUCAAUUAGGGAUUUUGCACAUUCUUCUUUGCAAUACGCUCUACAGCGAGAAUAUCCGUUGUAUCUUAGUACCAAAAAUACCAUCUUGAAGAAGUAUGAUGGCCGAUUCAAAGACAUAUUCCAAGAGAUCUACGAUAAAGAAUAUAAACCGUUGUAUGAAGCAAAGAAGAUCUGGUACGAGCAUCGCCUAAUUGAUGAUAUGGUUGCUUAUGCUAUGAAAUCAGAAGGCGGUUUCGUCUGGGCCUGCAAAAACUACGAUGGUGAUGUCCAGUCUGAUUCCGUUGCUCAAGGAUAUGGAUCUCUUGGAAUGAUGACAUCCGUUCUGGUGUGUCCGGAUGGCAAGACGGUCGAGGCUGAAGCUGCUCAUGGUACGGUGACCCGUCACUACCGUAUGCAUCAACAAGGGAAAGAAACCUCUACUAAUCCAAUUGCUUCAAUUUUUGCCUGGACGCGGGGACUUGAGCAUCGCGCAAAAUUGGACAAUAAUGAGCCUCUGAAACGGUUUUGUAGCGCAUUAGAAAGUGUGUGCGUCGAGACAAUUGAAGCAGGAUUCAUGACCAAAGAUUUGGCCAUUUGCAUCAAAGGAAUGAAUGGCGUAACCCGAGGUGACUAUCUGAAUACCUUCGAGUUCAUGGAUAAAUUGGCUGAGAAUCUAAAGAUCAAACUGGCGUGACCAUCACCAG